AUGGUCCUCAUGGACAUAGAAAUUAAUAUGAACAAUCGUCCAUUAACUUAUGUCGAAAGCGAAAGUGGGGAGGAAGAAGUACUAACGCCAAAUGUUCUCAUUCGAGGGAAAAACACUUAUCUCAUUAAUGACGUAGAGAAUGACGAUGAUGAGCUUACGAAGAUGCAAAGGAGAAUCGCCAAGGCAAAGAACAAUGCUUGGAAAAGAUGGCAACGAGAGUACAUACACAGUUUAAUGGAAAGUCAAAGAGUAAACGGAAAACCAGUUAACGCGCCAGAAGUCGGAGAAGUAGUUUUAGUCGCGGGAGAAGAAAAGAACAGAAGCGAAUGGAAGAAAGGAAGGGUAGUGCGACAAGUCAAAGGAAAGGACGGAGUAGUACGAGGUGUAGUGCUUUUACACAAAGGACAUACUAUCGAACGACCGUUACAGUUGGUGUGUCCACUCGAAAUUCGUUGCACAACGAAAAUAGAACAAAGGAAGAACGAGAACAAGCAGACGGUAGAAAAGGAAAAGCAGAAACGGGGAGCAGCUAUUGAAGCAAGAAAGAAAAUACGCGAACUGGCAGAAACCGAGGAUGCAAACUGA